AAACAAAUGGUUGUCCAAGCUUUUAUGAAGCCAGGCCCAAAUGUGAACAAAAUUCCAAAAUAUCUUUCCUUUCACCAACUCUCACAUCUUUCCAAAGGACUCAAUCUCAGGUGUCCUGACUCUAGAUCUAUUGUACUUGGACUGCAGUACCUUUCUGAUGAAGGUUCCUACCAUGGAGUUACAGUCAGUUAAUGAUUCUAAUUGUGACAGAAAAGCUGAAGUACAAGCAUUUGAAGAUUCAAAAUCUGGUGUAAAAGGUCUGCUAGAUUCUGGGGUGACAAAGAUUCCAAGCAUGUUCUAUGUCAAGUUAGACCCUUUAGAAAACACCAAACCAAGUGACUCAGAUUUCAGCAUCCCAGCCAUAGAUCUUCAAGACAUAGACAAGAGUUCAUCGUUGCGCCGCAAAGUAGUUGACCAGAUUAGAAGUGCAUCUCAGAAGUGGGGAUUCUUCCAAGUGAUCAACCAUGGUGUUCCUGAAGAUGUUAUGGAUGAGAUGAUCAAUGGAAUCUGUAGGUUUCAUGAACAAGAAGCUGAAUUAAAGAAACCGUUUUACUCAAGGGAGAACAGCAAGAAAGUCAGGUACUUCUCCAAUGGCAAGUUGUUCAGAGACUAUGCUGCUACUUGGAGGGAUACUAUUUCAUUUGUUGCAAAUCCUGAUAUUCCCAAUCCAGAACAAUUACCAGAAGUGUGUAGAGAUAUUGUGUGUGAAUAUACAAAACAAGUAACGGCAUUGGGUAUUAUAAUCCUUGAGCUGCUGUCAGAGGCUCUUGGCCUUGAUUCUUCUUACCUUACUAAAGAGAUGGAUUGUGCUGAGGCACUUUAUAUUAUGGGUCAGUACUAUCCACAAUGCCCUGAACCUGAGUUAACUAUGGGACUUACAAAGCACACUGAUUGUGACUUCAUAACUAUACUUCUGCAAGACCAAAUUGGUGGUCUUCAAGUUCUUCAUCAGAAUCAAUGGGUGGAUGUUCCUCCAAUACAAGGUGCUCUUGUUGUAAACAUUGGAGACAUUCUACAGCUUAUGAGCAAUGACAAGUUUAUCAGUGUUUAUCACCGGGUUUUGUCCAAGACGAUAGGCCCUAGAAUAUCAGUAUCAAGCUUCUUCAUGAACUUCACCAUAUCUGAGUGUACAUCAAAAGUUUAUGGUCCAAUCAAGGAAUUGUUAUCAGAUGAAAACCCUCCGCGAUACAGGGACGUUACAAUGAAAGAAAUCUUGACAAAUUAUUAUGCAAAAGGCUUUGAUGGCAACUCUUACUUGAUCCCUUUAAGAAAAGCUGAAGUACAAGCAUUUGAUGAUUCAAAAGCUGGUGUAAAAGGUCUCUCAGAUUCUGGGAUGACAAAGAUUCCUAGCAUGUUCUAUGUCAAGUUAGACCCUUUAGAAAACACCAAACCAAGUGACUCAAAUUUCACCAUCCCAAUCAUAGAUCUUCAAGACAUAGACAAGAGUUCAUUGCUUCGCUGCCAAGUAGUUGAUCAGAUUAGAAGUGCAUCUCAGAAAUGGGGAUUCUUUCAAGUGAUCAACCAUGGUGUUCCUAAAGAUGUUAUGGAUGAGAUGAUCAAUGGAAUCUGUAGGUUUCAUGAACAAGAAGCUGAAUUAAAGAAACCAUUUUAUUCAAGGGAUAGCAACAAGAAAGUUAGGUAUUUCUCCAAUAGUAAGCUUUUCAGAGACUAUGCUGCUACUUGGAGGGAUACUAUUUCAUUUGUUGCAAAUCCUGAUCUUCUUAAUCCAGAACAAUUACCAGCUGUGUGUAGAGAUAUUGUGUUUGAAUAUGCAAAACAAGUAAGGGCAUUGGGUAUUAUAAUCUUUGAGCUGUUGUCAGAGGCUCUUGGCCUUAACUCUUCUUACCUUAAAGACAUGGAUGCUGCUGAGGCACUUCAUAUUAUGGGUAAUUACUACCCACAGUGCCCUGAACCUGACUUAACCUUGGGACUUACAAAGCACACUGAUUUUGAUUUCAUGACAAUACUUCUGCAAGACCAAAUUGGUGGUCUUCAAGUUCUUCAUCAGAAUCAAUGGGUUGAUGUUCCUCCAAUGCAAGGUGCUCUUGUUGUGAACAUUGGAGAUAUUCUACAGCUUAUGAGCAAUGACAAGUUUGUCAGUGUUUAUCACCGGGUUAAGGCCAAGACAGUAGGUCCUAGAAUUUCAGUAACAACCUUCUUCAUGGACCUUACCACAUCUGAGUGUACAUCGCAGGUUUAUGGUCCAAUAAAGGAACUGUUAUCAGAUGAAAACCCUCCACUAUACAGGGAUGUUACUAGGAAAGAAAUCAUGGAAAAUUAUUAUGCAAAAGGCCUUGAUGGAAACUCUUACUUGAUCCCUUUAAGGCUAUGAACCAAAUAGUUGUAAUUGUUAAAUAAUGCCUAUGAAUGUUGUUGUUUUAAAUAAGCAGCAUCAGUUUCUUGAUGCACAAGGUAAAGCCAAAUGUAAUGGCUAUACCAUAGAAAACCUUAAUAGUUUUCUGUAUCAUGACAGUACUAAGUGUUGUGGGUGUAACAUAUUAAUUAAUCUCUUAUGCAGUUAUGAUAGAUGCCA